AUGCCGGCUGGGAUGACUGCUCGGGAAGCUUUCUGGGGGCUUCUCAGGGCAAAUGACCUGCACUGCGUUGGGGAGAAGAACCUCGCCCCGUAUCAGCCCGAUCUUCUGAAGAUCGUGAAGGGCAAGACGGCGUCAAAGCCCGCCGUCGAUUUGCUGCCGCCCGAGGAGGCGGCCUUCUUGCUUGAUCCGGAUAGGUACCUCGUUCGCUCGCAACCCGAGAUCGAUGCCUGGAAUGAGGAGCACCCGACUUUCAGGCCCUACUGGGACCCCCACUUGCGACAGGAUCGGUCGGCGCGGCUCGACCUCUACCGUAAGCUCUAUGACAAGGGACUCCUGGGGUUCAGAACUCGUAUCAAGGCGAAGGUGGGGAUAUUCUUUGUGUGGAAGUCGUCUCGUCGUGGGAUCAGGCUUAUCGCGGACGCCCAGAUGCCGAGCGGGCACCACCGCUUGCCGCCGAAGACUAGACUAGGGGGAGCUGGCGCCCUCUCGCAGCUGGACGGCUGGCUCGACCAGGAUGAGCUCGCCAGCUUGGCGCAGGGGUGUGGCCCGAUUGCCGAGGUCCCGAACCUCUCCGUCUGUGUUGGUGACGUGGAGGACGCCUUCUAUCAGUUCUCGGUCGAGUCGAUGGCCGAGUGGUUCGGCCUAGACGACCCCGUCCGAUGCUCCGAGUUCGGCCUCUCGCAGAUCUUCGACAACGACCUCGAGAGGCUUCGCCCUGCCGGGCCCACGGAGAAAGUGUUUCCUGUCUUUCUUGGGACGCCACAAGGCUGGUCCUGGGCCCUGCACUUCUGCACCACCUCGGUGAAGCACUUCACCUCCGUGGCUAUCGGGGGGAAGCAUCGGCUGGUGCAAGAGGGGCUCCCCGCUCCUGAUCUUCGAUCUGGUCCCGUCUCGAGUGUCUAUGUGGAUAACCUUGCCACAGUCGGUCUCUCGUGCUCCGAGGUUUCGUCAGAUUACGCUGCGAUCAAGAGGGAGCUUGAGAGCGUGGGGUUCACGUUGCACGAGGAGGGCGGGGACGCCCUGCUGGUCGAGAAUGUGGGCAUCGUGAUAGACAAGAGCAGGUGCAGCAUUCGUCGCAAGCCUGAGAGGGCGUGGCGGUUGUAUCUUGGGAUUAAGUAUCUUCUGAAGUUGCGCCAGGUGACUGGAGAGGCAGUUCGUGUUUUGCUGGGUCACUGCAUCCACUACCUUGUCCUCCUGAGGCCGGCGAUGUCUGUCUUUGCCCACGCCUAUCGGCUUGUGAAGCGUGAGUUCCGCGUGAUGGCGGGGCUCGUUUUCUUGGCCGAGGCACGGCUGUCCGUUCCGCCUUCGGAUCGAGCCUACUGUGGAGACGCGUCAGGGAAGGGAUACGCCGUCAUGGACACCCCCAUGGGCACCGCGGAGUUCCGAAAGCUUACUAGGUGGAAGGAGCGUUGGCGGUUCGUGGAGGUAGAGGGGGAUCGCGGGGACACCAUGAG